AUGGAAGAUGUGCUCCCUUCUUCAGUGCUGGAGAUCUGCGUGUUGGUCGGCGUCCCUAAAGAAAGGGAGAAGGAAAUGUACCAGGUUGCUCACAGACAUGACAUAAGAAGUGCCCCUCCGUUCGAACCAGAAGUACUUUCUGUUUUUGUACCUCCGUUCAUCAGCAAGGAGGAGUUGCAAACCACAAAUAUAAAUAGGAAUGCGUUCAAUAAAGGGAAACGGCGUUCCUUUCGGAAAAAGAAAGAGAAAUCCAAGAUUGACACUGCAAAAGCUCUGAAUGGAGCCCAUAAAAUUCCUGAGACUGAAGAUAUUACCAUCCCUAUAGACAUUGACCUUAACGGAUUGCCACAGCUUUGCUUUCCAGGAGGAUUUAAUAUAGCAUUGGAAUCCACGGAAGACCGCAUCCAUUUCCUUGUUUUUACCGACGUCUGUGGUAACAGAACGUAUGGUGUUGUCGCACAGUAUUACCGGCCUAUGCAGGAUGCCCACAUCUUCUAUAAUGGACAAGCUUCUUGGGAAACGGCAAAGAGCUCCAGAUCUGCUUCAUAUUUUGUGCCAUUUGCAGUGUGCAUCAUAUCUAGGUAUCCCUACUUCAAUGCCCUCAAAGACUGUCUCUCCUGCUUAUUGGCACAGUUGAAGUCUUACAAGGAUUUAGAUGUUGAUAACUAUAUAAAAGAAUUCGCCGCCAGACUGUGUUUAAUCCCCGCUCCACCUCCAGGACCUUUGCACUUGAUAUUUAAUACGAAGCCUCUCCAGGUAAUAUUUCCAUCUCAGGAGGAUCCUGACAGCCCACUUAUCGAUCUGGAUCUACACCUUCCCUUCCUAUGCUUCAAACCGGAACAGGUGUUACAGAUCAUAACCUGCAUUUUAACAGAGCGGAAGAUUGUUUUAUUUUCCUCUGACUGGGCAUUGCUGACCCUCAUAUCCGAGUGCUUCAUGAUGUACAUCCACCCUAUUCAGUGGCAGCACACUUUCGUACCCAUUCUGUCUCGUCAGAUGUUGGAUUUCGUCAUGGCUCCUACAUCCUUCCUCAUGGGAUGCCACAUUGAUCAUUUUGGAGAGGUUUGCAAGGAAGCCGACGACUUAAUUCUAAUUAACAUCGACAAUGGCGAUAUCGCGCAAUCCCAGUCAUCGGAAGAGGAGACUGAAAUUCCAGAUAUCCCACUGGAGGCGGCAAAAAUCUUCAUAGCAAGGGUUGAAAAUCUUCAGUUGCACUAUGACCUGGAGCUCUCCCACCGUACUUCCUGCACAGACCUUGGUGAAGUUCAGCUGCGAAGGAGGAUUUGGCAGCAGAGGCUGAAUUCUGAAAUUCAGCAGAUUACUCUGCAGUUAAUAGUCAAUAUCUUUAGGGAGGUGAAAGAUCAUCUGAAUUAUGAGCACAGAGUAUUUAAUAGUGAGGAAUUUAUGAAAACGAGAGCGGUGUGCGACCAGCAGUUUUACAAAAAGGUGCUGGAUACCUAUAUAUUUCACUUUUUCCUUAAAGCUCGCCUUAACAGAAGGAUGGAUGCCUUUGCCCGCCUAGAGCUGAGCACUGAAGCUGAGAAAGACAGGUUAACUUCACUGCUCAGCCCAAGGAGGCCAACCAUGGAAAAAGUAAUUUCGAGAAGGUUUAAUCCUCAGUACAUGAUGAGCAGGCGAAUGGGACUGAGCUUGCCUAAUCUGCAAGAGAUCGCGCCAAACGAUGGCCCGACGAGGAAUUCGUCUCUUCGGCGUUUAGAUGUGAAGCAAGAUACGAGAUCAACCUCUAAGUCAGUGACGACUUUCAAGAUCCCAGAAAUCCACUUUCCUCUUCUGAGCCAGUGUGUCUUUUCUUACUACCUUGAAUUUAAUAUUUAUCUCAGCAGAGCUAUAGAUAUUUUGUCUCCCGAUAACUCUGCGCUUCUGGCAAGGUAUUUCUACCUCCGGGGACUUAUUGGUUUGAUGCAAGGAAAGCUGCUGAAUGCGCUUUCGGACUUCCAGAACCUUUAUAAGACAGACAUACGGAUAUUUCCCACAGACCUUGUGAGGAAAGUGGUGGAAAACCUUCCUCCUUCUGAACGUUCCCAAGCAGAUCAGAAGCCGGAGCUGAAGAGGCUGAUCAGUCAAGUGAUGGAUAACCAAAGGGAAAUAAGCAAAGUAGACGACCGUGUGAAAAAAUUCCAGUUGCCGAAAACGCACAUGCAGCUGGAUGACUUUGUGAAGUUCGUUCAAGAAUCUGGGAUUGUCAGAGACACAGACACGAUUCAUCGGCUGUUUGAUGCACUGACUGUAGGACAUCAGAAACAAAUAGACCCAGAAACAUUUAAGGACUUUUACACCUACUGGAAAGAAACGGAAGCAGAAGCUCAAGAAGUAAACCUGCCUCCCAGCGUGAUAGAACGCUUAGACAAAAACGAAUGUGUCUACAAGUUGUCAUCCUCUGUUAAAACGAACAAAGGAGUUGGGAAAAUAGCCAUGACUCAGAAGCGCUUGUUCCUCCUGACCGAAGGAGUCCGGCCCAGCUACCAAGAGAUUGCAACUUUCAGGGACAUAGAGGAAGUGAAGAGUACGACAGUUGCUUUCCUGCUUCUCCGGAUUCCCACCCUAAAGAUAAAAGCCGUGUCCAAAAAGGAGGUUUUCGAAGCAAAUCUUAAAUCUGAAUGUGAUCUGUGGCACUUGAUGGUGAAGGAGAUGUGGGCCGGGAAGAAAAUGGCGGACGAUCACAAGGACCCUCAAUAUAUUCAACAAGCACUUACGAACGUUCUCCUGAUGGAUGCAGUCGUGGGUAUACUGCAGUCCUCUAAGAUCAUUUAUGCUGCUUCCAAGCUAUCUUACUUUGACAAGAUGAAGAAUGAAGUGCCCAUGAUGGUCCCCAAAACAACAAGAGAAACGCUCAAGCACAAGAUUAAUCCGUCAGCUGGGGAAACUUUCCCACAAGCAGUAGAAGUCUUACUUUACACACCAGGGCAACUUGAUCCAGCAGAAAAGCAGGGGGAUGCCCACCCAAAAUUAUGGUGUGCCUUAAAUGAAGGGAAGGUGGUCGUGUUCGAUGCAUCUACGUGGUCCAUACAGCACUAUCUUAAAGUAGGAAACUCUAAACUGAAUUGUAUGGUAAUGGUGGAACAAAGCCAAGUCUGGAUCGGUUCUCAGGACUCCAUUAUCUAUUUGAUCAACACCCACAGCAUGUCUUGCAAUAAGCAGCUGAACGACCAUCGCUCCGAAGUUGUGGACAUCAUUGUGAAAAAUGGAGAUAGCAGCUCCAGUGAGGCCUAUUCUUGCAGCGUGGACGGGACAGUGAUUAUGUGGGACAUCAGCACCUUGAAAGUCAACCACCGAUUCCAGCUGCCCUGUGAAACUCUGACUGCUAUCAAAUUCCACAGUAACAGGCUUUGGUGCUGUAUAGGGAGCUGUAUUCUGGUCCUCUCAACAAAUGGUAUUAUUCGGCAAAGGGUACAAAUGGAAGACAAUGUGAGAGCUACGCCCUUCCUCUGUUUCCAGUUGUUCCCCGAGAGUGAGCAAGUGUUGGCCUCAUGUUCAGCGAGCACUGAGUUGUAUUUCUGGAACAUGACUGAUCUCUCGACACCCUCUCAAAAGAUCAGCUUGCAAGACUGCUCAGAGAUCACGUGUAUGAUGAAAGUUAAAAACCAGAUAUGGGUUGGCGGCAGAGGUCUUUCUCAAGGCAAAACCAAAGGAAAGAUCUAUGUGGUUGAUGUGGAAAAGAAAACGGUGGAGAAAGAAUUGGUUGGGCACAUCGAUACGGUGAAAGCUCUGUGCUCAGCAGAGGACAGAUACGUUCUUAGCGGCUCUGGAAAGGAAGAAGGGAAGAUAGCAAUCUGGAAGGUUGAAUAAAGUUCAGUGUUUCA